AUGAUUUGCUUUACCAAAUCUGGCAUGGUUGGUACUCGCUUGAUUGUCUCUUUCGACGUUGAGGAGGCGUUCGAGAUCCUCGACGCAGCAUUUGAUCAGGCGGGAUACCUACUAAGAUACAGAUAUCGGUCGCUUGGUGGAGGGCCAAAACACCCAGAACAGGAAUUAGAUUGGUUCGAGAAUCUUGGAACUGACUUUUCCUGGCUGUUAAAGGAUGAUAGAUGGGACAGAGACCCAAUCCAUCAUCUCUCAGACAUCUGGAGGCUCAGUUUUUGGUCCCGAAAGCUUUAUUAUAUCUCUCCCCACUUCAGGGUCUCCAAUUGGAUUUGCUUCUUUUCCAACACGAUGAUUAAACUGUAUCUCGAGAACUUGCUGCACCCAGCACCGCUUGCCCACAGGAAUAAAUGGGACAAGAAGGAGGCUAUCGUGAUGCGCCGUACCAACGCGGAGCUAUGA